AUGCAAUUAGGAUAUAAUGAAAUAAUGAUUGUCUCGAAGUAUUUUAAAGAUAUUAAUGAUUUUAUUAAUUUAGAAAUGGGAGUUAAAAGAUUUAGAGGAAAUAUGGAACGAUUUCAUUUUAAUCCAAUUCCAUUGAAUCAAUAUUCAAGAAAAUUAUUUCCUAAUAUUGAAACAUUUCAUAUUUAUAAUAAAGAAGAUGAAAUAUUUAAAGAUGGAAAAAUAUUUAAAUAUGUAAUAUGGUAUAAAGUAGAAUAUUCAAGAUAUUUAGAAGAGAAAGAAGAAAUGAAUGAAUAUAAAAAUAUCGCAUAUACAGAAGAAGAUAGAAAUACAUAUGGAAAUACAAUACCAAUAGAAGUUAAUUCACUUGAAGAUUUUUGUUUUUAUAGAUGUAAUGAUAUUCAAUCAAUUGAAAUACCAACAAGUGUAAUUGAAAUAGGAAAUGGAUGUUUUUAUGAAUGUUCAUCAUUAACAACAAUUAAUAUACCAACAAGUGUAAUUGAAAUAGGAAAUAGCUGUUUUGAAGAAUGUUCAUCACUCAUAUCACUUACUAUAGAAGAUGUAAAAUAUAUAAGUGAAGAAAGAAUAUUUAUGAAUGAACCAAUGUUAAUUAGUAUUGAAAUACCAAAGAAUUUAAAAAUAAUAAAUGGAAAGAAUAUUGAAAAGAAAGAUAUUAAUGAAUUUAACAUUCCAUCAACAAUUACUAAAUUAGGAGAUAGUUGUUUUUCUGAAUGUUAUUCAUUAACAACGAUUGAAAUACUAACAAGUGUAAUUGAAAUAGGAAAAUAUUGUUUUGUUGGAUGUUCAUUAACAACAAUUAAUAUUCCAUCAUCAAUUACAUCAUUUGGAUAUGGGUUGUUUUUAUCAUUGGUGGAUGUGAAAAAAAGUUAA